CAUACUGGCGCUACAGUGUUGCAAAUCUUGCAGAAAAUUUUCUAAAUUGAUUCUUGUUGGACAGAACGAGCUUUCUUCCUGUUACUGUUUGCUGAAAAUGUGACUUUCAGUGCGAAGCUUGUGAAAGACAAUAUGGCUAAAGAUGUAUCUCAAGGAGAAACUAAAGCUGAUGACAAGAAGGUGUCCAAGAAACGAGAGAAAAAUGUAAUUCCCACUAAGCUAAUCAUUAGGAGAUUGCCACCGGCACUGACAAAGGAUGAAUUACUUGAAAUAAUUUCUCCACUUCCGCCUCAUGAUUAUUUCCGAUAUGUCUCUGGAGAUAAAACAUUGGCCCCUGAUCAUUUCUGCAGAGCGUACAUUAAUUUUACUUCUGCUGAUGAUAUCAUGACAUUCAGAGACAAAGUGGACGGCUUUGAAUUCACUGAUUCAAAAGGAAAUUCUCAACCCUGUGUGUUGGAAUACGCUCCAUUUCAGAAAAAUCCAAGAAAAGUUAAGAAGAGAGAAGACGCAAAGUGUGGCACAAUAGACGAAGAUCCAGACUAUACAGCAUUCCUUGAAUCUCUUGAAGCAGAAGAAGAGAAAACAGUGAUUGACCUGGAAAAAUAUUUGGAAGAAUUGGAAAAAAAAGAACAAAAAAAUAAAGUGGUUGAAACUCCGCUGACUGCUUUUCUCAAACAAAAGAGAGAGGAGAGAAAGAGAAUUCGGGAGGAACGCCGCCGAGUCGAACAAGAACGCAGGAAAAAGAGGGAUGAUGAAAGAAGAAAACGAGAUUUGGAAAGAAAGAAAAAACUGGAUGGUGAAAGAUUGAGAAGAAAAAAAGAGGACGAGAAAAAGUCUUUCAGCAAGAAAGAUACAGAAGGAAAGAAAGAAAAGGAUGAAUUGGACGAUGAGUCAAAGAAAACAGAAGGAACACAAGGAAAAGGAGACGCCAAAUUACUGAAUAAGAAAAGUUCAUGUUCGAGAGAGAGUCUGACUAUCGGGGGUAUUUUUAGUCACCUGGAAUUAGAACAGCAGUGGUUGAGCGAGAAACAAAAUCAAGAAAGUAAAAAAGCUGUUUGGAAAAAGAAAGAAAAGGAAAUUCAGGCUUUAUUGGGUAAAUUUGAAGCAAGUGCAAAAGUGGCCCCAAGGUUGUCCGAUACAAAACCGAAGAAGUCUGAGCCCCCAGUUCGUCGUGGACCCAUUGGGUCAAAACCCCCCAAAGAUUCGGCAACAGAAAACGGGGAUAAAGAACGCAGUCGAGAUUCCCACAACGAUCGAUACAAGGACACAAGAGGGGGCUAUGAUCGAGGGGGAGGGUACAGUAGCAGCAGACCAAUGAGCUCUCGAGGGAGGGGACGGUCGAUGUCAUCAAGGGAAUUCCCCCCAAGAAAAUGGGAGAAAAAAGAUGAUCCUCCCCCUCGUUCAAAAAAUAAAUCAUGGACGGAAAGUCAAGAUAAAAAGACAGAUAAAACGAAAUCGAAAAGACCAGAUCGGGAAAUCUACAGACCUGGUAGUGCUCGAUCAAGCACGUCGUUACAGUCGAGUGCAUCUGAGAUUCCUCCACGGACACACAAAUAUAGUGAACAGCGGAGCAAGUCGAGACAAGAAGACGAAAAGUAAAGAGUUGACGAUGAUUCAUGAAUUGAACGAAAUCACUGAAGUUCUCAAAAUUAUACCUAAUUCCUCAUAGCACUGUUGCAAAUUUAUUUUGUCGAGACCAAAAUGAAAUUUUGUUGGCAACAGAGCUGGCCUUUGUCUAUUGUGUGUCGCCCUAUGCAUACCAGAUAGAGCAUGGCUCCAUAGGGAAAAGAUAAUAAUUAAAAAUUGAGAUUUUGUAAUGAAAAUGAUUGAAAAAUAUUCGAAAUUUAGGCAUAAACCAAUUCCAGGAUUUAAUCUUGUUUUUCUUGGCCCAUUUUUGCCCUAACAAAAAUUCUGUGGCACUAUAGCUUUAUCAUGCGGAGGAAAAACUACAAGAAGAAAAAUCAUCCUGCAAAAAUGGGCAAUUUCACAUUAAUAAUUGGAAUAAAAAUUUCCACUAAGUAGCAGAAAACAGCAUCAUCAUCAUCAAACAUCUCCAAAUGUGGGUGCCAUAUUGUUUUUUAAAAAUCAGAGUCAGCAUUUUGGAAUUAGUAAGAGCUGGAAUUUCAUGCUCAUGAAAUUGUAUCAAAUAUUGUCGUACACAAGAGACUUCUCGCGAAAAUUUAGUUUUCACAGAUUCUUAUAAUAGUCUGAAUAUUUGAAUGAAAUUUGUGUGAGAAUUUCUCCAUAAUCUGGUUUAACAUGGCUACAAUUUUUUUCGUUGUUGAGCAGAAUAUAUAUUUUGAGUUUGAUUUGUCGAAAUAUAAUUGAAAAAUUCAAUGUGUU